AUGUUUUGUAUUAUUUACUAUGUUAUUUUUGUCUACGUUAGUCUGUCAAUUACCAUAAAGAAUAUCGGUCCGAGAUUCCACUACUCUCUCGGGAUUAAUCGCACAAAUUUAUCAAAUUUAAGAAUACAAAAUGAAAUAGUAAUUUUUAAUAAGAAUCCGCCUCCCAAUUGUAAACUAGAAGUUUUCGGUAAAAAUAAUAAUAUCUGGAUAAUAACUUGGACCGGUCUUCCAGGAACAAUAUACGCAGGAGAAGAAUACAAAAUCAAGGUUAUACUCCCAAACGGAUACCCCCUAAAACCACCAAUUAUUUAUUUCCUUCAACCAACUCCUGUACACAAACACGUCUAUUCAAAUGGAGAUAUUUGUUUGAAUAGUAUCGGACAUGACUACAUCCCGUCAGCUUCUAUUUCCAGCUUCAUACUCUCAAUAAUCUCUAUGCUUUCAUCUGCCAAGGAAAAGUCAUUACCAAUCGACAAUCACCUGCAUGUGGAUUUGCCACCUGGUACCUCGGAAGGUGGAUUUUUAUAUCACGACGACAAAUGUUAA